AGGAAGUCCAGGCAGCCGUCGAUGUCAGACAGAAAUCUGUGCAGCUUCUGCCGCCUACGUGAAGCCGUGAAGCCGUAAAACCGUCUCGUGAUGCUCCGUGAACUCCUCCGACAUGUGGGCGACCGCUGAAUCCAGGCCUCCUCUCCGCUCUGAUAGCGACUAACCGGUCCCUCCAGUAGGAAUGUCCUACUGGUCAGUGGGCGUCCCCCAGGACUCUGGAGACACUCCCAGCAGCAUGGAGCCACGACACAGCCCUGGGGAGGAAAUGGGAGCCAAGGCGUCGUUAUUGGAGGCACCGGGGCCCGGCUCCGGUCUGGUUCCCUCUCCGACUCUGGAGAACAUCCGUGCAGCGUAUGAAGACGGAGAGGGAGCGACUGCCAGAGAGCUGAUCCAGCAAGCCUGCUGCGUGGAGUGCAGCGCAGGGAUGCCCCGCAUCGACGGGGUUCGUCUCCUGUGUGUGGCCACUCAGCACGGUGACCUGCAGAGUGUGUGUUACCUCCUGAAAGAAGCCCGAAUCACUGUUCCCCAGGAUCUGUCCAACAGUAACCCGGCCAUCCUGGCAGCUUACUACGGCCACGCCAGCCUCGUCAAACAGCUGCUCGAUUCUAUACCUGGUCCGUGUCUGAGGAGAGACCUGCUGAACUGGAUGUUGGCUACAUCCUGUCAGCAGGGCCACCUGGACGUGGUCCGGCUGCUGGUCCACGGCUACGAGGCUGACGCCAAAGACUGCGCCAUCCAUAGCGAUGAGUUUGCCGUCAUCACGGGGCUCCCGCUGUACGCCGCUGCACGAGCAGGUAAUGAGGAGAUCGCUUGCUUCCUGCUGCAGAACGGAGCGGGGUUCUCCUCGUACACGCUGAUGGACCAUCCAGCCUUCAGCAAACACCUCCUCAGACUCAAACUGCAGGAAAAAUCCAACACAGAGGGAGAGAAGAGUGUCUCUGUGUGUUGGAGCGGUCUGCAGCUGCCCUGGUUGGAGCUGGACUGGUUCAUGGACGUCUCGUCUCGUAUCACCGACCUGGAUCUGUCCUCUAACAGCCUGGCAGCUCUGCCCUCCGUGGUGCCCUGGGGUCUCCUGCACCUGCAGACUCUGGAUCUCUCCAACAAUCUGCUGAAAGAGCUGCCGGCUGCUCCCAGCUCCCAGGAGGUCAUCUGCACCAGGUUACAGCAGAUAAAUCUGUCUCAGAACCAGCUCACCAGUUUACCGCCCGGACUUCUCCAUCUGACCCACAUCCAGAGAAUCUGUGCUGCUAAGAACCAGCUCGCCGUCCUGUUCGACAUCCCCGACACUACUAACUGGAUCGGCCUCCGUAAGCUGGAGGAGCUGGAUGUGUCUGAUAACAGUCUGACCGGUCUGCCCACAUCGGUCAUGCACUGUUUGAAAUCCCUGAGCGUCCUCAACGUGUGCAGGAACUCACUGAGCUCCUUCCCCGACCCCUGGGCCUGUCCGCUGAAACAAUGCAAAGCUUCCUCCAACGUGAUCGAGAGUCUUCCGAACACCAUCUCCAUCUUCUGGAGGACUCAGCUGCAGGAGGUGGACUUUUCUGACAACAGCCUGAAGGAGCUGCCCUCAUACAUCUUUGAGCUGGAGGCUCUGGUCUCCUUAAGAUUGUGUGGGAAUCACAUUGCGACACUCCCGGCCCCCAGUAAGUGGAAAUGCUCUCAGCUCAGGACCCUCGAUCUUUCCAGGAACCAGCUGGGCAAAACUGAAGAGGGGCCCAAAUCCAGGAGGCUGGCCUUCCUGAGCACCUGGAACAGAAGGGAUCCAGAUCCAGUGUGUCCCAUAGAGUUUCCCAUGAUUCUGCGGGAUUCACUGGAAGUGCUUUACUUGAAUGACAACCAGCUGGAGUGUGUUCCUCAGUCAGUGUGUGGUCUGCACAACCUCACCGAGCUCUACCUCUCCAAUAAUCCUGGGAUCCGGGAGCUUCCAGCAGAGCUCAGCCAACUGUCCAACCUGUGGCAGCUGGACACCGAAGACCUCAACAUCACCAACGUCCCCCAGGAAGUAAGAAAAGAAGGUCCUGCGUCUGUCCUGGCGUUCCUCCGAGCACACCUGAGAAAGGCGGAGCCUUAUAGACUGCUGAAGAUGCUUGUGAUUGGUCCACCGAGACAGGGGAAGACGGCGCUUCUGGAGGCUCUGCAAACCGGCAGAGCGGCGCCGUUCACCCCAGCAGAGUGCAGCAUCUCCACCUCCACCUGGGACCUGGAGAAACCCAACGGAGGCAAAAACAGCAAGGACUCGGUGGCGUUUAACGUGUGGGACAUCGGCGGUCAGGCGAGCAUGUCCACAGUGAAGCAGUGUUUCUUCACUGAUAAGGCGCUGUACGUGGUGAUCUGGAACCUGGCUCUGGGAGAGGAGGCUGUGGCCAACCUGCAGACAUGGCUGCUGCUCAACAUAGAGGCGCGAGCACCCAACUCUGCCGUGGUUGUCGUGGGGACACAUUUAGACCAUUGCCUCAUUGACACCAAGUUUCGCACUGAGAGGCUGGCCACGCUGAGAGCUUACGUCCUGGCUCUGUGCCGAUCGCCGUCAGGAGCUCGAGCCUCCGGCUACCCCGACAUCACCUGGAAACACCUGCAUGAGGUGUCCUGUAAGACUCUGGAGGGUUUGGACGGGCUGAAGAAGCUGAUCUACCAGGUGGCUCUCUCCAUGAAGGACAGCAGCAGCUCCUCCUGUGGCAGUAAGCUGCUGGGCAGGCUGAUCCCCAGGAGCUACCUGACACUGCAGGAAGCAGUGAUAGCAGAGAAACAGAGGCGACACGCUGAGGGAGAGGUCCAGUACCUGACUGAUGCCCAGCUGGACCGCAUCAUCGAACAGAACUCAGGAAGUGACAUCAGAGACUACGAGGACCUGCAGACAGCCAUCAGCUUCCUGAUAGAGACCGGGACCCUGCUGCACUUCCCUGACACCAGCCAUGGCCUGUGCACCCUCUACUUCCUGUGUCCCGUGUGGCUGUCCGAGUGUCUGGAGAGGAUCAUGCACCUCAAGUCGUCUCGCUCUGUGGCGAGGAACGGCGUGAUCCGAGCUGAAGACCUCAGGAUGCUGCUGGUCGGAACAGGCUUCACCCAGCAGACAGAGGAACAGUAUUUCCAGUUUCUAGCCAAGUUUGAGAUCGCUCUUCCUGUGGCCAGCAACAGCUAUCUGCUGCCCCACCUCCUUCCCCCCAAACCAGCCAUGGACAUCCACUGCUUCCGUCAGCAGACCAACAACACCCUGCAACGCCUCGUCAAGAUGAGCUUUGUUCCUGCUGGAUUUUGGGAGCGCUUCAUUGCCAGGAUGCUCAUCAGCCUCACAGAAAUGGACCUGCAGUCAUUUGAGCCCAGAAGAAACACACGCGGCCAACACAACAGGAACUCUGUGAUCUACAGCUUCGCUGGGACUCAGCAGAGGAACCGCUGCAGCACCUUCAGAGUCCGACGCAGCCAGACCAUUUACUGGAAGGAGGGGCUGCUGGUCACUUUUGACGGAGGUUACCUCAGCGUGGAGUCAUCGGACGUGAACUGGAAGAGGAAGAAGAGCGGAGGCAUAAAGAUCAUCUGCCAGUCAGAGAUGAGAGAUUUCUCGGCCAUGGCCUUCAUCACCGACAACGUCAACUCUCUGAUCGAGCAGUGGUUUCCUGCUUUGACAGCCAGUGAGAGUGACGGGAGUCUCCUCAUAGAGCAGUACGCUCCCUGUCCCCUCUGCUCCUCACUGGGCCACCAGAGGCAGGCCGAAGAGAACGGAGGACGAGGAGGAGGAGGAGCAGGAGGAGCAGGAGCGGGGGUUCAUUACUUUAACAUGGAGGACUGUGUGCUGGCUGCAGUGGAGAAGGAGCACAUCAUCUGUCCUCUGCACCCGGACCAGCCGGUCUCCCUGCAGGAGCUCGUCCCAGAACUCUUCAUGACCGACUUCCCUUCACGGCUGUUUUUGGAGAGGGCCCAGCUUGAGUACUCCGAGGAGGAGAGUCACAUCCUCGGCCAGGGGGGCAGCGGGACCAUCAUCUACCGAGCACGAUAUCGUGAGGAGCCGGUGGCCAUCAAACGCUUCCACUUCAAGAAGUGUCGUCAGCAGACCAUCAGCAGUGACACAGACACCAUGGUGAAACACCUGCAGUCUGCAGACGCCUGUCGGAGCUUCUCUGAAUUUCGCCAGGAGGCCAGCAUGCUGCACUCUCUGCAGCACCCCUGCAUCGUGUCUCUGGUGGGCAUCAGCAUCCACCCGCUCUGCUUCGCCCUGCAGCUAGCGCCGCUGGGCAGCCUCAAUACGGUGCUGGAGGAGAAGCACAAAGGCAAAGGCUCCAGGUACAUGCCUCUGGGCCACAUGCUGACUUUCAAAGUAGCCUAUCAGAUCGCAGCAGGACUGGCGUACCUCCACAGGAAGAGCAUCAUCUUCUGUGACCUUAAAUCUGACAACAUCCUGGUCUGGUCUCUGGAGGUUCAGGAUCCAGUAAACAUCAAACUGUCUGACUACGGGAUUUCCCGACAAACCUUCCACGAGGGGGCUUUGGGGGUCGAGGGCACACCGGGUUACCAGGCUCCUGAGAUCCGACCGGGCAUCGUGUACGAUGAGAAGGUGGACAUGUUCUCCUAUGGGAUGGUGCUGUACGAGCUGCUGUCUGGGCGGAGGCCGGUGCUCGGAAACCACCAGCUUCAGAUAGCAAAGAAACUCUCCAAAGGCAUCCGUCCGGUGCUGGGCAGUCCGGAGGAGGUCCAGUUCUACUGCCUCCACAGCCUGCUGACUGAGUGCUGGGACACCAAGCCUGAGAAGAGGCCGGUGGCGAUGCAGUGUGUGCGGCAGAUGCAGGAGCCCAGCUUCCCGUGCCUCAGGUACAUAUUGUCCUGUGACAGCCACUCGCAGCUCUUCCUGUCCCCGAUGCAGGGACACAGCGCCGUGUUCUGGAGCGGAGACAAGGACAACAGGAACUACAGCGUGGUGAAUGUGGAGAAGGGCCAGGUGGAGGUGAAGAGGAUGUUGUGUGCAGGCAGCAGGAUCAGCUGUCAGAUGAAGAUGGGGAACGUUCUGUGGAUGGCCACUGAGGAGCAGGAGGUUUUCAUCUACAGUCUGAAGGACAUGUGUCCCCUCAGUCAACCCCAGAGACAGUUCUCCUGUCCAGCCAUCAUCACCUGCUUGUUCCCUGUUCCAGCAAGAGAGCAGAGUCUGGCCAGAGUGUUUGCGGGGAUGUCCGACGGCCUGGUGGCGGUGUACAGCCUGGUGGAGGACGUCCCUCUGGAGGGGGAGACGUACUUGUGUUCACACACCCUCAACAAGACGGUGUUUGACCUGAAGGACUCGGAUCCCAGACAGAGACCCUACCCGGUCCGGAGCAUGGCGCUGGUCAACAGCGGCUCACAGUUAUGGUUCUCCAACGGUCCCGGCGUGCUGGUCAUCGACUGUCUGACACUUCAGGCGGUUCGGCGUCUGGACCCCUACGACUCGCCGUCCUCCAUCGUAUCCAUGACGACCAGCUUCAGCCUGUGGGGGGAGGAGGCCGUCUGGACGCUGGACGACCACAUCAACACUCUGCUGCUCUACCACGCUGCCUCCUACCAGCUCUGCGCCAAGUACUGCUGCGGAGACAGCAACCCCCUUCGGGAUGUCUUCACCGUGCAGCGUCCCAAAGGGGUUACCAUGGUGACAGCCUCUGAACUCGAGACCGCGGAGCAGGACCAGAAGCAGGGAUGGACAAACGGAGAGGUGACGCUGAUCUACAGCGAGGAGGCGGGCACUCAGAUCAUCCAACACCAGGACUCGCUGACAGACUACUGCUCAAUAUCGUCCAACUGCUCCCUGGAGCCGCACGGGUCGGACUGUUCCAGCUCCGCAGGCCUCGCCUCGUUAGACAGCCACAGCAGUGUGCCGCAGCCCGCAGACCGGGAGGAGACAGAUCAGCGAGCAUCAACAAACCCUGAGUCUGAUGGAGACGCCGCAGAGAGCGUGAAGGCCACACCGCCACAGCUGAGAGCCUUCACUGUGCUGCCGGUGAACGGAGCUCUGUGGAUCCCCAGGCGUGGAGGUGAUGUGAUGGUCAUUGAGAUGCAGUCACAUGGCGAUCAGCUGAGGGGGCGUGUCAUCGCUGUCCUCAGUCCACCUGGAUGUUCGUCUCUGGGGAUCCUGCAGGAGGCAGCCGUGGUGGCGAAGGACACAGUUGUAUGUGGCUUUCAUAAAGAAAACACGGAGUGGUGCCUGUGUGUCUGGAGGGGCUGGGGCUGCCGCGAGCUGGAAGUCUUCUACCAGUCUUACGAGGAGCUCGGCCGCUUGGAGACCAGCAUGAGGAAAAGAAGGUAGCUGUUGUGCUGCGUCGGCGAGGCGCAGAAUCGCAGCUCUGUACGCAGGGCGAGCCGAGGGGAAUACACACCGACAGAACGCCAGUGUUCAGAGCAGGGGGUCGCCAAAUGCUGACAUCAGGGCAACGUAGGAGGGGGGAGGAGGUGUGAAAGCUGUCAGGGCUGAGCCUCCAGUUGUGCACGGUGGUUACGUCCCCUCACUACACACUUAAUGUGACCUGAAAAACCUGCAAGCAGACAUGAAGCACAUCAAAAUUAACUUCUGCAGAGGUUUAAAUGUUGGUCGUGUUUUUCAUAUUGAGCUGUUUGGUAUGACUGGAAUUCAGCUCAAGAUGUGGCGGAGUGUUUGUGUCUGCCUCCAGCUGCUGCAGCCCAUUGUUUAUUCUGUCUGUCUAUUUCAGUCGCUCUUCAUUUAACCGUUCCAAUCUGCAACUUUAUGGACGGGGACAUUGUAAGUAUCGAUUUUUUUUUUUUUAAUGAGGCUGGGAGACAGCUGUGUUCUGGAAACUAACAGCAGGUUGUAGCUGACACCAACUCAGAACGCAGCGUUCCUCUCUUUAACCGUGCCAUACGACUCUGCAGGCCAGCCACAGCUCCCAUUGUUACCACAGUGGCCUGUAAGCAACAAACCAACAUCUGGGUUCUCUGCAACGUUAUGCAACAGAGCAGUGGUUCCCAGCUGCUGCCAUCAAAACCUGAUGCUUUGGCAGCGUCUCAAACACAAAAGACCACUUUACGUUUUUAAAUGAAGCUCCGUUCUGACUUUGAACGCCUCGGAGAGUUUCCUGCUCAACUCUGUUCCACGAGCGUCUGAGUGGCAAUAACGCAGAAAAUCAUCUGUGCUGGAUGUGAUGCAACAGACAGAAGCUGGUGCACAUUUUGCAUAAUGUAGAAGACCACACUGGAUCAUAAAUUCAGGUUGUUGAACAUUGAGGCCUUUUCUAAACAGAUACAGAAAAAUCUGUCCAUGUGACCCUUAUUUAACCCUUUCACACCUGGAUCGACAUCAGGUGUCUUGCGCUGCGUUCAGACGGCUUUCACAAGCAUUUCAAACUUCUGACACUGAGGUUGACCAAAUAACUGACGCAUGACGCCUCCUUUAAAUAUAAACACACCGUUUUUUUCAAGUGUAUGCUCAUAAACAAAACAACAAAUGAAUGGAGGAGGUGAUGUCAUUGUUUCCCAAAAGCUCAGUUUUAACGUCUAAGUAACCAAACUUUUAUUUAUUUAUUUUUUAAAUCUGCACAUUUGAUGGUGUUUUAAACACUUAGUGGAAUCACAAGUCUUUUGAUUUGUCGAGUCAGUUGUAAUCAAAUUCAUGACUCUGCAAUAGGCUCAUGCAGACUAACGUCAACCAUUGUACACUGAGGAAAAGUAAGAUUUAAGAGAAAACUAUUAAACCCAUAACAAGCUAUUAAAACAUUAAAAGACUCAUGUGAGCUGAAGUCAGUCUGAUUUCACUGAUUUGUAGACACCUGCGAUACUGAUGACGGUAACACCAGUCAAAGAUUUAACACACGUUAGCACGCUGGCAAAACCAACUGUAGCUGCGAAUAUGUAACUCGUGUCAGGUCCUGUCUACAUGUAUAUAGAUUUUUUUGAAAGCUGUUUUCCUCUACGUUUUGGAUUUUCAGUCACUAAAACAGAGAUUUUUUUUUAAUGACCUCAGUUGGACUCGAGCCUUUUGAUUUGAGUACACUUUGAUACCUUCCUUCUGAGCCAAAGGAUUAGGAAAGUGUGUUAUUUAAAAAGUGUGUCUCAAGUCGAUUAAUUCCCCUUCAUUUCCCCGAAUCAACACACUUUUUGUUCCCAGUAAGUCAAAACUUUAUUUGCCAGAUGUUAAAACCAGCAGCAUUCAGCUAGUUUGCAGGAGAGAAACAUGAGCAGCUGAUGUUGAGUUAAUGAGUGCCGUUUGGGAAUAGAAAGAUCAUUUUGUCGAUGUACAAAAACUCUACAGUGGUCAACAAAAAAAAACUAAUUUCAGUACGCAAAAUGAGCAUAUUGAAAGAUACAGACGGAGAUGCAACAGCUUCCAUUUGAAGAGAUUUGAAGGUGAACAAAGAGGUCAAGGCUAAUAUUAACAUUGUGGGCGAGCUAAUGCUUAGCUAACAAGCUUCAAAGCUAAAUAACUUCUUUUUAAAAGAAUUAAAUUCAGAUUUUAAAAAAGCAUUUGCAAUUUUUGUAAAUUUAAUAUUGUAUUAUUUUAAGUUACAUUUGUUGAAGAGCACAUUGUGACCUGUGUAGGACUUAAAUCGGGACUUGACUGUCUUGACUAAGGACUUGAGUGCAAAAAAAUUUGAGACUUGUGAAACAAUGACUUGGUCCACUCUCUUGUCUCUCUCUUGUCUUUUGACAGAAAGCACCGACAUUUUUCCAUUACAGAUUUGUGCAAAACUUUCGAAAUGUUGAUAAAAUGCAAUUGCGAGAUGCAUUUCCAU